UAUGCGCGUUUGCGUUUAGAAGCGUUUUUAAAAGAUAACCUCAGGGGACUCUCCCAAAUGCCCAGAAUACUAAAUAACUAUUUCAGACAUUUUGAGAGAAAUAGAGAGAACAGAAGCAGAGAGAACAGUACGUGUUGAGAUGACCUGUCUUUUCUGGUUGUAUUCACUAUGGAUUGUCAAAGGAAAUAAUGCAGCACGUUCUACCAUUUUUUCCUGCACGCGAAACCUGGAACUGACUGCACUGGUAUACUAUUUGAAUACACGGAAAACGCUUUGCAUGCAUUUUUGAUGACGAAAAAAGGUAAUGGACAGCAUCUGGAUAUGGACCAAGCAAAAAA